UAAACAAAUUGACUAAAACAUUGUGGUGUGUUAAAUAUUUUUAUUAAUUUCAUGUUAAAAAAAAAUAAAUAAUCAUGAAGAAUAAACCAGAAAGACAUAAGGAGUCAAACACCUUCAGGACAAGAAAAUAUGUUGAUAUACUAAACGAUAUUGAUGUUAAAGUAUUUCGACGUGUAGCUCAUAAAAAUGAACUUCCUGAUGAAAAUGCACGUGAAUCAAAUUUUUAUCUAUCAUUAAUGAAAUGGAAUCUUGAUAAUUUAACAGAAGGCUUUGCAAGUUUUAAACGUGAGCUACCAGAAGUUCAAACACUUGAGUUGGUUCUUUUGCAUGAACAAAAAAUAGUAACAUUAUUAAAAGAUUAUUUGAAGAAAAAGGAUAUAUCAUUUGUUGAGCCAAUACUUGAUUUGACCCUGUCACUUGCCAAGGAUUUAUCAGUUGAUUUUUAUAAACAUUUUAUAAACAAAUAUGACUAUGAAAAAAUUGUAUCAUCUGAUGAAGAAUCAUCUCCAUCAUUGUUCAAGCUUAUUAUUGACUUACUUACAAUUCCAGACAUUCAAAUUGUCGAGUGUACAUUUAAAACACUUGCUUACUUGUUCAAAUCACUUUGGGUAGUAUUGAUAAGUAACAUUAAAGAAGCAAUAUACUCAUUAUUGCCAUUAUUUUCAAGUAAAAAUAAAUACUUUAAUGAAUUUGCUGCUGAAACAUUUUCAUUUGUUGCAAGAAAAGUUAAAGAUGUUAAAGGAUUUUUAUUUCACAUAUUUAAUGCACUUGAAAUAAAUCCAUCAAGUACAAAGGGUUAUGGAAAAUUAUUAUUUCAAGUUAUUGCUGGAACAACUGGAAGAUUCCAUUCAAAUGCUGAAAAUUUUUUGGAUCAUUAUAUUGAUGCUUUGAAUGCUGAUAAUGAACGUGGACAAUUAGUUUACAAUGUCAUUGAACAAGUUUUCAUUUGUAUCACUGAAUCUAUUGAUGCUAGUAACAGUGAUGUAUUGUGGAAAAUUUUAUCUAAAAAUAUGGACAAAUAUUCAACUGAAGAUACACCAGCUAAUCAAAAAAUAAUUAUUAAAAUAUUAAAAUUAACUUGUUUAUUAGUUAAUUUUAAAAAUGGUGUUAUGCUACGUGAUUUAAUUAAUAAUAAUUCAAAAGCAGAUAAUUUAAAGCUAAAAAUAACAAAUAUUUUAUCAACUUUUGAAGAUAAUAAUGAUGUUUUAACUGGAGCAAUUGAUUUAGCUGUAUUAAUGUUACUUGCAAGUAAUAUUGAAUUAACUCAACAAACAUCAAGUGAUCUUGUUUCAAAAUUAUUAAUGAUACAAGAUAAAAAUGUAUCAUAUUAUGCAAUUGAAAAAUUAAUUAAUCAUUCAUCAUUUGAAACUUUAAUUCUUCCAAGAACACUUAUUAGAAUUCAACGACAAAUGGAAGAUUUUGAUGAUAAUGAAUUACGUCUUUUUGCUAAAAUUGUAACAUCAAGAAGUCCACAUUGUCUUAAAGGUUCAUCACUAAAUACUUGGAGAAAAAUUAAAAUUAAUUUACCAAAAAGAAUAUUAACAUGUUUGAAAGACAAAUUAAUUAAUUGGCAAGAUGGUAAUAAUAUUUCUGAAUCAUCAUUAAAAAUUAUUAUUAUACUGCCACAUUUAAUGGCUAAUGAAAAUAUCAUUGAAACAUUAAAAAAUGUUACAAAAUCAAUUUAUGAAAAAUUAAAUAAUCAAGAUUGUUGUACAUUAACAUCAGCUGAAAUUGAAAAUAAUUGUUAUGGAUUUUUAUUGGCAAUUGAAUCAUUGAUACAUAUUUUAGAUGCAAAAAAUUUUCAUGAAUUUAUCAGAGAUUUAAAUUUACUUGAUUUUUUUAAAAAACAUUUAAAUGUACCAUUUAUUUUGGAUUCAAUGGAUUUAAUUUUAACAUAUAUGUCAAAUUCUAAAAUUAAAUCUGAAUAUAUUAAUAUUCAAACAUUUGAAGUAAUCAAUGAAUUUUUAGAAAUUAAAUUAACAUCACCAUACAGAAAAGUUAGAUUAACUGUUUGUCAUAUUUACAGUUUAUUUAGUACACUUGAUGAUUUAUUUGCUGAUAAUAAUGAUGACAAUAAUAAUGUACUUAAACGUUUAUUUAUUGCUGAAAAUAUUGAUGUAUUAGUUCAAACAUACAGAGAACGUUUGAUUCACAUUCAGGCACUUGCAUUUGAAACUAAAUUAAUUAAAAAUUUUAAUCCAAAAUAUUUAAGUAUUCCACUUAGAUUUUUACUUGGUAAUUUUUAUGUAAACUUUUCAUUAUUAUGGAAUCCAGUAUCGAAAAUAGUUUCAUCAUAUGCAGAUGAAAAUUUCGAUCAGUUUUGGACAAUUUUCUUGGAAGAAUUAAAAAAAGAAGUUGAUAGUAAUCAUUUGACAAUUGAUACAAUUAGUGAUGGAUUUUUUUCGUCAUUUAAUUGUGAUGUUCUUACUGAUUUUGUUGAAAAAUUAACAAUAACUGAUAAACCAGAUCAUCAAAAUUAUAAAGUUUUACUCUGGACAAGUAUGCAUGAAUUUUCUGAAUAUGCUGAGAUGAAAAAUCGUGAUGUUACACCAAUUUUCAUUGAUUAUGUUGAGGAUAAUUUUUUAAAAUCAAAUAUAGAAAAUGCAAAAUCUUGUAGUUUAAUUAGAAAAGAAAAAUUCAAUGAAACAAUUGAUGAAGACGAUGAUGAUGAUGAUGAUGAUGAUGAUGUUGAUGAUGAUAAAGAAGAAGAAGAAGAAGAAAAUAAAGAAAAAAUAACAAAAAAAAAUAAAACACGUAAAUUUGUUAAAAGUUCAAAGUUAAAAUUAUUACUUGCACAAUUACAAGUAUUAUCAAAAAUUAAAAAUCCAAGAAGUCUUUACCGUGAGCAAGAAAUAAAUAAAAUAUAUUUAGAAUUAUUAAUAUCAAAAAGUGGUGAUUUACAAAAAGCAGCAUUAGAUUGUCUUGUAACAUAUAAAUAUACGUGGUUAUUACCAUACAAAAAUAAUUUAUAUGGUUUAAUUGAUGAAAAAAAUUUACGUAAUGAAUUGACACGUUUUCAAGUAACAAAUGAAGAAAAUUCAUUGGGUACUAUUUUACCAAAUGAUCGUGAAUAUUUAAUGCCAAUUGUAAUGAGAAUAAUUUAUGCUAAAAUGAUAUCACGUGGUACUGGUAGAAGUGCCAGUGGUUUUGGUGGUCCAGAACGUCGUAAAGCAUUAUUACGUUUUCUCAUGGGUUGUAAAGAAGAAGAAAUGAUGUUAUUUAUAAAUAUGGCAUUUAAAAUAUUCGAAACAUAUGGUAUUUCUUUAUCAUCAAAUGAAGAAAUACCUGAUUUAAAUAAAUUAACAAUUGAAUUAAUGGCUAAUAUUGAUUUAAACAAUGUCAUACCACCAAGACGUUUAACAAGUGCUGUUAAUUUAUUGUCAAUUAUUAUUAAAGAAUUUGGUGCUAAAAUGUCAAAUUAUUUAUUACCAAAAUUAUUAGCAAUAUUAAUAUCAAUAAUGUCACAAAUUAAAAUAAUUCUUGAUAAAUCAGAUAUAAUAUUACCUGGUUAUAUUAAAAUAAUAAAAGAAUUAAAAAAUAAUUGUAUUAAUAUUAUUGCUAAAUUUUUUAAACAAUUUAACAAUUACAAUUGGUCAAAUUCUGAAUUAGAUGCAUUAUUUAAUGUUGGAGUAUUUCCAUAUAUUGAAAAACUUCCAAAUGAUGGUAUUUACAGUCCAACAUCAUUAUUAAAAUUAUUAUCACAAUGGGCACAUAAUGCAAGAUUUUUUUGUCUUCUUGUUAAACAUGAAGAUAAUAAUACAGAUAAAUAUCCAUUGAAAUAUAUUAUUGAACUUUUAAUGAAGAAAAAAAUUAUAAAUAUUAAUAAUAAUAAAAUAACAAGGCCAAUUAAUUCACAAGUUAUAAAUGAAAUUUUAAAAAUGAUUGGAGAAAUGUUAAAACAACAAGAUUAUGGUGUUAUUGCUGAUAAUGAAAUGGAAGUUGAUGACAUACCUGAAAUAAUACCAUUAAAUCCAAAUAAUAUAUUGUCUAAUUCACAUGAUAAAAUUCCAAGUGUUGAUUUAAAUUAUGGUACUAAAAUUUUAUUACCACAUAUACCAGAUAUAUUAAAAUUCAUGGAAGAGAAAUUUGAACGAACAAAAAAUGGUAUUAAUACAAUUGAAUCAUUUAUUCUUGAAAGAAUAUCUGAAAUACCAUUAGAUCCAGAAGUAUCAAAUAAUCUUGUUGCAUUGUUAUUACCAACAAUAAUAAAACGUGCAUCACGUGGUGAAUCUGAAGAAAUUAUUGAUCAAUCAUUAACAACAAUAUUACAUUUAAUAAAAGAUGUUAAAGAACCACAAAUACAUAUACGUGCAAUAUUACCACUUUUAUCAAUUAUAACAUCAUCAGUUGCAAGAAAAACAUUGUUUAAAUUAUUAUCAUCAAUUGCUGAAAAAAUACCAGAAUCAUCUUUAUUAUCACGAGAUAUAUUUCAACAAAAUGUCAAUAUAUUAACUGAAUUAAAUGCAUAUGAUAAAAGAUGGGUUGAACAGGCUGAUAUUGAAAAACGUUUAAGUGCAUUUGAAAUGAUAAAUAAAAUAAUAAAUUCUGAUAAUGAAAAACAACUUGCAUUAUUGACACUUGAAUUUGGUGUUAGUAUUAUUCAUUCAUGUUUUUAUUUUCUUAAAAAUGAAAAAGAUCAAGCAUUAUUAGAUAGAUCAGAAGAUUGUCUUAAAAAAAUUGGACCAUUAUUUGGUCAUUUAUAUAAAGAUAAUAAAAUUGAUAGAUCAUAUUUAAUGAAUCAAACAAUAUUGGUAUUAAUUAAAAAUAAUAUAACAAGUAAAGGAAAAGAUAAUGAAAGUUUACGUUUUGGUUCAUUAACAUUAUUACGUUCAAUGUCAAUUGAAUGUCCAGAUAUACAUCCAGUAUUUCGUGAUUUAAAUUUAUUAACAGACAAAGUUGAUAAUGAAGUUGAUUUUUUUGAAAAUAUAAAACAUUUACAAUUUCACAGAAUAUCACGUGCACUUGAUAAAUUUAGUUUAAUAGCUAAAACUAAAAUGACUAAACCAAAUACUAAGACAAUUGUUGAAUUUAUAUAUCCAAUAGCAUCAUAUUAUCUUUGCAAUCCAUCAUUUGAAUCUAAAAAUAGUAUUAUUGAUUCAUCAAUAAAUGCCGUUGGUGCAUGUUGUCGUUUAUUAUCAUGGAAUCGUUAUUUAAUAAUACUUGAACAUCAUUUAAAUAAAUUAAAAUCAUCAAAUGAAUUUCAACGACAAUUAACAAGAAUUGUCAUUACAAUAUUAGAUGCAUUUCAUUAUGAUUUAUCAAAGCUAGAUACUGUUGAUGAUAAUAUUUGUAAAUAUGUUCCUGAAUUUAAGAAAAAAUCAAAAAUAAAAAUUGAUGAUAUUGCUGAUGAUGACGAUGGUGAUGUUGAUGUUGAUGAUGAAGAUAAAAAUAUUAACGAAGAUGAAAAAUUACAUAAAGAUUUAGAAAAAAUAUCUGAUGCUGAAGAAGAAAUAAUAAAUGAUGAUAAUAAAAUUAUAAAUAAUGAUUUAGUUUUAUCAAAUAGUAUUGCUAAACAAUUAAUAUCUGAUAUUAAAAAUAAAUUAUUACCACAAUUACAUAAUGUAAUAUUAUCAAGAACAGAUCAUGAAAAAAGUCAUAAAGUAAAUCGUCGUUCAACUGGUUCUGAUAAAGAAGAACAAGAAUUAAUGCGUGUACCAAUAUCACUUGCAAUGGUAAAAUUAUUACAAAAAUUACCAGGUAAUAUAUUAGAUAAUAAAAAUUAUAAUCAUUUACCAAGAAUAUUUAUGAAAUUAUGUACAUUUUUAAAAUCAAGAUUAGAAUCAGUACGUCGUGAAACACGUAAAAUAUUAGAACAAAUAAUGUUAUCACUUGGUCCAGAUUAUCUUCAUCAUUUAUUAGGUGUUAUGAAUUCAAUAUUAACAAAAGGUUUUGAAGUACAUGUACUUGCAUAUACAAUGCAUGCUGUAUUAACAUGUUUAAAAGAUAAAUAUAAAGAAAAUCAUAUUAAUGAUAAUUUAAUAAGUAUAUUAGAUGUAUGUAAAGUUGAUAUAUUUGGUAUAACUGGUGAAGAAAAAGACGUUAUUGGUGUUGUUAAAAGAACAUCUGAAGCUAAAACAACAAAAAGUUAUGAUAUAUAUAAUAUACUUGGACAAUAUAUUAGUGCUUCAUGUCUUAUUGAUUUAAUAAAACCACUUGUUGUUAAAUUAAAUACAUCAAGAUCAUCAAAAAUAAUAAAUAAAGUUAAUGAAUGUUUAAGACAUGCUCUAUUAGGUCUUGCUGAUAAUACAUUUAUACAAACAGAUCAAAUGCUUCAAUUUUUAAAUGGUAUUAUGUCAGAAAGUAUACCAAAUUUAUUUGAAUCUAAAAAAAUUAAUAAUGACAGUAAGCAUGAUAAAUUAAAAAAAAUUGAAAAACCAGAUUCACGUUUAAUUCAACCAGCACCAAAAAAUAGAAUGGGUGCUAAAUUAAUGUCAGGAACAUCAUCAAAUACAAAUGAUCAUAUUAUACAAGAAUUUUCAUUAAAAUUAUUUCAUAUUUUAUUAAAACGUGAUAAAAUUAAAACAAUUAAAUUUAAACCAUACUUGGAGCCAUUUGUAGAAAUAUUAGUAAAUUUUUUAAAAUCAAAACACACUAAAAUAUCAUCAUUGUCAUUACAAUGUUUAAGUUGGAUACUUAAAUUUGAUCUUCAUAAAUUGACUAAACAUAUAAAAGAUAUAGUUGGGGAAAUAUUUGAUAUAUUAGAUAAAUAUGGUACAGGUGGCAAAGGUGAAAUACUUGAACUAACUAUGGCUGCAUUUAAAACAAUGGCUGUUAUUGUACGUGAUGUUAAAUAUUUUAAUUUAUCAGGUGAUCAAAUAGAAAAGUUAUUAUUAUCUGCUAAAACAGAUCUUGAUAACGAAGAACGUCAAGUAAUAGCAUUUAAUUUAAUACGUUCAAUGUUAAAUCGUAAAAUAAUAAUAACAAAAUUAUUUAAAACAGUUAUGUAUAAAAUAUCAGAAUUAAGUAUUACAUCACAAUCUGAAAAUAUUAGAUUACAAUCAAGAGUUGCAUAUUAUACAUAUUUAAAUAAUUAUCAACAUAAUGCAAAGAAAUUUGAAAUAUUCAUAGUUUUUUAUUUACAACAAUUGGGAUAUGAUACAAUUGAUGGUAGAAAAAGUGCAUUGACAAUGAUACAAAGUAUUGUCAGUGGUUUUACAACUGAAAAACUUAAUGAUAUAAUCAUUGGAUUGAUAUUUGUGAAGGUUGGUGCUAGACUUGUUGAUGAUGAUGAACCAUCACUUCGUGAAAUGUCAGCAGAUAUAAUAGCAGCUUUAUUAUCUAAAAUUGAUGAUAAAAAUAAGGAUCUAUUAUUUGAAAUGGUAUUGGCGUGGUUUAGUGAUAAAAACGAGCUACGAAAUUGUAUAUUAGCAGCACAAUUAUGUGGUAUAUUUGUUGUUAUUGAAGGAGAUAAAUUUGAGAAAAGAUAUAAUAAAUGUUUACCAGUAAUAUUACAACAAUUUUAUAAUAACGAUGAUGAUGGUCCUGGUAAAUUGGUCAGAGCCAAACCAGUAAAAAAAAAAUUAGAAAUUCAACAUACUGAAGAUAUUGACAGAUUAAAAGAUCAUCAUAUAAUUCACAUGUUAAUAUUAACUUGUAAAAUAUCUAUGAAAGAAGAAUGUACAAAAUUUUUAACUGAUGAAAAAUGGAAUAGCUAUGUUAAAUUAUUAGCUGAAGUUAUUGGUGAUGAAUUAUUGAGACAUCAACAUAAUACUGUUAGAUAUUAUGCUGUUCAACAAAUGAGAUAUAUUCUUAGCUCAUUGGAUAUUGAAAAUAUAUCAAAUAUAAUAAAUAAUAAAGAUAAUACGAAUGCUGAUGAUGAUGAUGAUGAUGAUGGUGAAUUUAAAUGGGAUGUAUAUAAAAAUCCAUUAAAGGUAUUUAAAAAAUUGACACUUGAUCUUAUUGAUCAAAUUCAUCCUGACAUGAUCAUACAAGAAACUGCUGAUGAAGUUAUUAAAUGUGUAUUUAUUAUUUCGAAAAUUAUUAAAUCAACAAGUUGGAGCAGUGCUGAAGAAACAAAUAAAAUUGAAAAUAAUGGUUUAUCAUUGUUUUGGAUAUUAAAAAGAUUACGAAAAGCUGCAAACUUUGAAGUAACUCAAAAUUCAAAAUCAAUUGUUGUUCGUAAAGCAUUAUUCAGUUGGAUUAAAAGCAUUGUUAUUAAUAUUCCACUUGAUCCAUAUUUGAGACCAAUACUUUUUCCAAUAAUGUCACCACUUGUUAGAGAAAUUGAUACAACUGAUGAAAAAAAUGCUCCAUUGAGACAAGAAGCAAAGGUAAUUGCUGAAAAAAUUAAAUCAAGAAUGGAAGUUAGACAAAGAAAUGAAAAUACAAAUGGAAAUAUUGAAGAUAAUAAUAAUGAUGGUGACUAUGCUAGAUUGUUACAUAAAGUACAGCAAAAAAUAAUGGUCAAGAGGGGCCAAAGAUCAAUUGCUAAAAAACAACAGUACGUUACAGAUCCGGAAAUUGCAGCUAAACGUAAAAUUGCCAGACAAGCUAAGAAAAAAGAAUCAAAGAAAAGAAAAAAAACAGAAAUGUAUGGUAAAUCACCAAGGUCAAAAAAACGACGAAUGGAAGAUUGA